AAGACCCACCCCGGGCUGGGUGCAGGAGCCCAAGGUGCUGUUGGAGACGUUGCAGCGGGAGAAGGGGACGAGCAGCUGCAGCUCAGAUUCUUCUUCUGCCUGAGACGCUGGAUUGAAGAAGGGGUCUGAGGUCCCUGCUGGAGAAAGGGAGGCGAGAAGGAGGAAAAGGAGGAGGAAGAGGUUUCCCUUGGACUCCAGGCCGUCAAAGCAGCAAACCAAACCAUGUCACAGGUCCUACAGAACCACGUGUUGCGUGUUGGACAGACUGUGUGCGUUUCCUCACAGGGGAAAAGCAAGAGUUUGAGCCCGGCGGGGUACCCAGGCUGCUCCCCACUGCCCAUCAAAUACAGCUACUGCUCCCGGGAGGGCUGGGCUGCCCCCUCCACCGUGGUCCACACCAGUGCCCAUCUGCUUCCCAGCACAGGGCUCUAUGGAGCCCACCCUGCCUUCCAGCCCGUGGCUGCCCAGGGGAAGGGGCAGCAGGAUUCCUCCUUGGAGAGACCCCCUGCCCCAUAUCAGCCAAAGAAGGAGGAGGAGGAGGAGACCAGCACAGAUCCUGAUCCUCACCUGGUGUCUCCGACCUUGGACAUAUCGAUAGAGGAUCUCAACAAGCUGAUCCUAGAAAUCGAACCGAACUUUCAGCCGCUCACCUGGAAGUCAGUGAAGGAUGUGGUCCAGCCUGCUUCUCAGGGUGAUGCUGUUGCCGCCAAGAAGCAGGAUCCAGAGGCAAUAGACAUUAAAUACAUUGAGAUGACUCCAGGCAGAGCCACGUGUCCCGAGCAGCUGCAGGGCUCCCCCAGCCCUUCGGGGACACCAUUCUCGAGGUCCCCCCAGGGCAACAGCUCCCUGUCCCAAAAAGGGGGACUCAGAGGCAACUACAGCCCCGGUGGCACCGUGAUUUUCUCCAGCCCAUCCAGACCUGUGAGCCCCCGCUCGGGCACCCCAUCGAGCUCUGUCUCCCCGACCUCCGAGUGUGUCACCGUCCCCCCGCAGUGCGUGUCCGGACAGACCGACAGCAUCUCCUACAGCAACUCCCCGGGCUUCGACAACUUGCUGAAGCCCAUACAGGUGGUGAGGACACAGCAGAGGAGCAGCUGGGUCUCCCUGCUCUCCACCAGCCCCGGCUCCGACACCAGUUACAUCCUUGGAAGCAGCACCCACUCGCUCCCCCCCGACGACUCGGAUGCUCACCCCACUGCCCGCUGCUCGGCCGACUGCCCGUCCCCUGCCAGCUCCCUGGGCAGCCCCUGCCCAACCUCCCCCAGCAUCAGGGCUCACUCUGGAGAAGCUUUUGGCCUGAGCCCCCACCAGCCCAGGACAACCUGCUCCACCAAAGCCAACGUCUCCCCAUCCCAGAAGGGACAGGCCAGCAGCUGCCCCCCCUCCAUCCUCAACUCCGCAGCUGACAUCCCGGUGCUGCUGGUGAACGGGUGCCUGGAACAAGGAGAUGCAUCUUCCAGCCUGGCCAAAGCCCCCCCAACCUCUGCCAAGCAGAGCCCCCCUCCCAGCUGCAGCCCGGCCGUGGGGCUCGGGGCCCUCAACAACGCGCUGUCAGCACCGGCUCUCUCCUGCGUCUCGGACAGUCCCCUCGGAGCUGGGCAGCCGACCAUGAAGUUUGUGAUGGACACGUCGAAGUUCUGGUUCAAGCCGAGCAUCACCAGGGACCAAGCCAUCCAGCUGCUGAGGGACAAGGAGCCAGGCACGUUCCUGGUGCGGGACAGCACGUCGUACCGGGGGGCUUUCGGGCUGGCCAUGAAGGUUCCCGUCCCUCCAGCCAGCGGCCAGACAGGCGAUGAGAGCAGUGACCUCGUCCGGCACUUCCUCAUCGAGUGCUCUGCCAAAGGGGUGCACCUGAAAGGAGCCAGCGAGGAGCUGUAUUUCGGGAGCCUCUCUGCCUUCGUGUACCAGCACGCCAUCACCCCGCUGGCACUGCCCUGCAAGCUCAGCAUCCCCACCAGAGAUCUUGCUGAUGGAGAAGACAGCCCUGACUGCGCCUCAGAGACCACACCAUCCCUGCUGAAGAAAACUGCUGUGUGCAACGUCCUGUACCUCAACUCGGUGAACGUGGAGACGCUCACGGGGGCUCCGGCCAUCCAGAAGGCCAUCUCCUCCACCUUUGAGCUGGAGAUGCUGCCCACACCCACCCUGGUGCACUUCAGGGUGACGGAGCAAGGAGUGACGCUCACCGACGUCCAGAGGAAGGUGUUCUUCAGGCGACACUACCCCUUGGCUGCCAUCAGGUUCUGUGGGAUGGACCCCGAGAACAGAAAGUGGCAGAAGUACUGCAAGUCCUCGAGGAUCUUUGGGUUCGUGGCCAAAAGCCAGACAGAUUCGGAGAACCUCUGUCACCUCUUUGCGGAGUACGACAACGUGCAGCCGCCGUCGCUUGUCAUCGAGCUUCUCUGCAAGCUGCUGCUGGGGCCGUAGAGGACAGAACCAUGGGGAGAUCUUGGGGCUGGCAGCGCUGCCGAGCUUCUGCCACUCACCCUUCCCUGCUCCUGGGUUGCAUUUUGGCAACAGCUCAUAUUUAUAAUUUUUUUUUGUUACAUACUGUCAAGUCCGGAGUCUCCGUUAAAGAUUUUUGUGCUCUGCUGGGAUGAGAUGUUUCUCCAAGACCCUCCGUGUGGGAGGGAUGGCUGCCCCCGGGGAGCGGAGCUGUGGGACAGGAGCUGGGCUCACCGUCCGGAGCCCCUGCAUCCCCCCCUGCCACGCACCCUUCCCUUUGCUCUGCAGGACUCUCAUCCUCUGGCUGAUAUUUCUCUGGGCAGCAGGGGCUGCCUGCACUUGGGGUGUCCAAGCCCAGGAGCGUUUGAUGGAGCUGAGCUCCAGGACUCAGCCCUGGGACGGGGGGUCUGGAGCAGGCUGGGGGGGGUGGACUCACCUCCCUGACAGCAGACCAGCAUCAGCAGGCAGCUUUGCAAAUCAAAGCGUAUAAAAUCACUAGGCCCUGCUGAAAAAUCCUGUUUCCCUCGAGGAGCAAGAAGCAGAAAUGUCAGAGCAGCGUGGUGUUGCCUGGUGCUGGUAAAUGCUCCUGCCCUUUUUUGCAGAGCGGGGU